ACCUCGCAGACGUCGAAAUUCCGCAGCGGAUUACACCGGAUCGGCGGAUAUUACAAAAUCGAUCAUAAAUCCCCGCGUGCCCGUCGUGCUUUCAGUGCCUGUGCGAAAAUAUAAACUCAGGUUUAACCGAGAAAUAUGCGAUAUUUUCUCAUUGGCCUGGUGUGGCUGGCCCUCGUUUGGCUGGAGGUGGAUGCCCGCCUGGUGCGGGUUCGCCGCAUCCGGAGGUUGGUGGGUGGCGGCGAGCGGGAUGCCCAGAUAACGGACUUCCGGGUUUCGCCCUCGGACGACGAGGGCGUGUUCAAGUACGCCUUCAAGACCAGCAACGGCAUCGAUGUCCAGGCGGCCGGAUCUCCCCUGGAAACCAUCGGGAUCUAUAGCUACACCUCGCCCGAGGGCGUGGCCAUCGAGACGCGCUACAUAGCCGACGAGCUGGGCUUCCAUGUGGUGGGCCGACAUCUGCCGCAGCCACCGCCCACACCCGACUACAUCCUGCGGUCCCUGGAGUACAUUCGCACCCACACCGAGGACGGCAGGCUGAAGAAGCCGCAGUUCUUCUGAAGUUCCGGAGCGGAUCCUAUCCACCUAUCCACCUGUCCAUCAAGUCCACCAUCCACAUCGAUUUGGAUGCAAGUGUCCAAGAAGAAGGCUGAACACACCCGUAGCAUGUACUAAUCGCCAACCAACCAACUAACUUUAGUAUCCUAAGACCAGAGACCUAGACUAAGUUGUUGCUAGUUGUUUUAAGUUCAGGAAACGCGCAAAUGUUCUCCGACCACCGCCAAGCCCUGGCAGCGUUCUGCUUGGGCUAUAAAUCAAUCGAUCCAUCGGUUCCUCCGCGGUGCUAAUUUAUGGCCUCUGCGCCCAUAAAGAGCAAAGAAAGGCACGCCCAAGCACAAAGUAUCGGGUGACCCCAGCGAAUUCUACAUAGCUCGUUAUCCCAUUAACUGCUAACAGCUUUAUUUGUCUGCGCGUCUGAUUAAUAUUUACGUCUAUUCUCAGAUAUGGAAAUUUGAAAACUGGAUGGAAAUGAGUCGCGGCUCUGUUGGGCGACCUUUCGAUGACUUGAUAAAAACGCCAUUUUCUUUCCGGGUAGCCACCCAACUCCGAAAAGGCGCCGGGGAGCAUUUGCCAAGUUUCGAAACAAGUUCGGCGCGCACGAAUUUAAUACGACCUAACAUCUUUCUUAAGCGAAUUAAACC